AUGGCAGGACUUACACCCAUCCAGGCAGCUGCUGCAUAUGGUGAUAUCAGAUCUGUAAGAGAUUUGAUUAGUCUUGGAGCAGAUGUUAACAGCCCAGCAACUGAUAAUGGCAUGACUGCUCUACUAGCGGCUUUGAAGAACCAAUCUCUGCCCCUUCUCAAGUUACUUGUCCAACACGGAGCGAAUGUCAACCAUGUUAUCGCAACCAAAGAUUGUAAGUUCAUAUCUCCUCUUGGAGAGGCGGCCCGUUUAGGCUGGCUUAAGGGGGUGGAAUUUCUCCUGAAGCAUGGUUUGAAUGUUCACGACUCUCGUUUGGAUUUAGCAUUGUUUCAAGAAAAUGAGCUCUCAGAUUUUCUAAGCCCUCUGGGCUGGGCGAUCAAGAAUAGAGCUGAGAAGAUGGUAGCUUUGUUGUUACAACACGGUGCCGAUGUCCGUGCAACAGUUUGGUCAAAUAACUGGCGCUCUGCAAGUGCCUUGAUAUAUGCAUUAAUCUGCAGAUCAAGUUUUGAAGUCAUUUAUCGGCUCAUUGAAAAAGUUCCGGACUUGGAAGACCAUCCUGGAUGGGAGGACGCACUAGAAUUUGUCAUUCUAUAG